GUUAUUUUGAAAUUUCAGCGGCGCAGCGUCAGUUGUGUUCUGUUGUGUCAGAUUCAGCGAGCGCUGCACUGCAGCCUUAUCGAUACUGCUGGAAACUCACGUUUAAAUUCAACACUUGCGACGAGCGGCGACUUUUAAAAAUGUCUUUCUCAAGAGCCCCUUUGAAAAGGUUCAACGACAAUGUGGGUUGCGCCCCUCCACCGGGCUCCUAUGAGAUCAAGUCCGGGGAGCUGAAGGGAGCCGCUUCCUUCGAUAAAUCUGACCGAUUCAGAGCUGUUAAAGCAGGUGAAAUGCCACCACCAUCGCCCUCCAGAAGCGCCCUGGUGUCACCUGUCCGUAGGACCAUGUCCGUGGAUGGUCUUGUCCAAGGGUCAAGUGUCAAGAGAGAGAAGAACGACAUGAGCAUGGAGAGGAAGCAGCAGAAACUCCUGGAGAAAGAGAUAAGGUCCCUGGUUCAGGAGCGAGGAGAGCAGGAUCGUCGCCUGCAGGCUCUGGAAGAGGAGCUGAAGAAAGUGGAGGCCAAGCUGCUGUCUGCAGUCAGGGAGAAGACGGGCCUCUCUUCCAAUGUUACCAGCCUUGAACGACAGCGGGCAGAGCUCAAGAAAGUCAACGAGUUUCUAAAAAACAAGGUCUCUGCUGACACCACAAAAAAAAGAAUCAACUCUCUCACAAUGGAGCUGAUGGAAGCCAAGAACACUGUAGAUGUUAAAAACAAGGAGUUAAAGCUACUACAGGUUAACGCUGAAGGCCACUUGAAGGUGCUUGAAACUGACCUCCAAGCUGCCAGGGGUACAAUCACUGCUUUGAAGGACAGAAACAAAGACUUGGAGGAGCACCAUCAAGUGUCCCAGACUCUGAAUGAAGAGUUGGAGAAGGAGAAUGCUAGAUUGCAUGCUGUGAUAAGGGAGCUGAGGGAGGAAAUCAAAGUCUUGCAGGGAUACUUGGACACAGCCAAUGAACAGAUCCAGGAUCUUCGCUUAAGGCUCCAAGAGAAGACAGGGGAGAGCACUGGUACAGGUUCUCAGGCUGAGAAAGUGAAGCAGCUUGAGACAGAACUAGAGCAGUGCACUACUGAGCUACAGAGCACUCAACAAGUGCUCAGACAAAAAGAGGACAUGGAGGAGCAGGUGAAGUUUGCCAACCAAGAAUUGGAAGACUCUCAGGCAACAGUUCGACAGCAUGAGGCAGAGCUCGCGAGACUGAGGGAGGUGCUCAGGAGGACGGAGAAGGAGCUGGAUGAGAGAGUGGAACAUCUCGAACUGCGGUACCUGUCCGCUGAGAAAGAGAGAAGCAAGACUCAGGAGGAGGGGCUGAUGAGAGUGGAGGAGUUGAAAGCGGAGAUUGUCGGUCUAAAGGAGCUUAAAAGAGAUGAGGAAAAGAGACAAAUUGACCUCGAGCGAGAAAAUGCUAGUCUUACUGCGGAACUGACAAAAGAAAAGGCGCUUGUGGACUCCUUGUCUGUGUUGGUGGAACAGGAGAGAGAGGAGUCUGAUGAGAAGUUGAGACAGUUAAAAGAGGAGAUGGAGGAGGUGCUGGGGGAACUCGCUCUCCUGGAGGAUCAGGACAAGAAGAGGGAGGAGGAUGCGAGUAGGCAUGAGGAGGCCUUCCAGAGGCUGCAGGAGGAGAAGAGUGAGCUGGAGAGACAGCUGAGUGAUACUAGGACUCUGAUGGACAGCACUGAAGUGGAAGCUUUAAAGGCGGAGCAUUCUGAGGCCAUGAGAGAACUCCAAGAGGCGCACACAAACUCCUUGAACAAGAUGGCAGACGUUGUCGCAGAACUGGAAAGCUCCAAAGAAGCUCUGAAGGGAGCAGAGGAAAAACGGAAAACACUGGAAGCAGAGGUGGAGAGAGUGACCUGGCAGAUGAAGGAGAUGGACAAAGUCCUUCUACAGAAAGAUGAGGAGAUGAAAAGAGUGAAGGAGCGGUUGGAGGAGCACCAGGAGAGACAAUUAGCUGAAGCGAAAGCCAGGGAGGAGAACUCAAGGAUGUUGCUGGAGGUGCAGACUCGCUUUGCACAAAAAGAUGAGGAGAUGAAGGCCAUGGAGGCAAGACACGCUGCCCUGAUCAGUCAGCUACAGCAGCAGACAAAAGAGAGAGAAGAGGCACUGGGGCAACUGGAGGAACAGAGAGGUCAGAGUUCAGCUCGACUUCAAAAUGAGAGGGAAAAAGCUGAGAAACUGCUAGAGGAGGUAAGACAGGAAAAAGAGGAAAUAAUAGAACAGCUUCAACAAGAAAGAGAUGAGAAAGCUCAAAUUCAGACAGCACUUCAGGAGGAAAGGGGGGCGUUGGAGGUUGAAAGAGAUGACCACCGACAGGCCAGGUCAGAGGUGCUCAGACUACAGGCCGAGCUAGAGAGAGUGGACGAGCAAAGCAAGAGUCUCCUGUCUCAAGUAGAACUGAAAGAGCAGUCUAGGCUGGCUCUUGAAAACCAGCUGAUCAUUGCGGAGCAGGACAGAAAUGCACUUCAGUCACGCUGGGAUGAGGUUGAACGAGGGACUCUGAACUACCAGGCCCAAUUAGACCUCAUCGCGGAGAAGACGCAGGCAGUGAAGCGCGAGCUCGAAGAUCAACAGCAAGACGGACGAGCUCUGCAGCAGCAGCUUGAAGUACUAACUCAGGAAAAGGUUACACUGCAGUGGGAGAUGGAGGAGCAGCGACAGGAAUUCCAAAGACAAUUAACUGAAGCACAGGAGAAAAGUGCAGACACAGAACACUGGAGGAAACAAUACGAGGAGCUGUUUUCAAAAGUCCGGCCCUUCCAGGAACAGCUCAACGCCUUCGCAGCAGAGCGAAAGGCGCUGCUCAAUGAAAACGGAGCAAACCAGGAGGAGUUGAACAAGUUGUCGGAUGCUUACGCUCGCCUGCUGGGCCACCAGAACCAGAAGCAGAAGAUCAAACAUGUGAUCAAGCUGAAAGAUGAGAAUAUCUCCCUAAAACAGGAGGUUUCCAAACUUCGGUCCCAGGUAAACCGGCAGAAGAGUGAUUUGGAGGAGCUCAGGUCGGCGCUCCCGGGUGCUCCUCGACGCAGGUUCGAUCCCAGCAAAGCUUUCCAACACGACAAGGAGAACAGGCAAACUGAAACAAGUGAACCUCUUAAAGAAGGAAAUCACUUUGUGUAAUGGAGCUCUUCUACAAGAUGAGAACUGACAACUAAUUGGCUGCCAAAUUUAUAUCUUGUGUUUAUUAUGACUUGGCAACCCAUGACGUUUUUAAAGUCUACGUGUCAAAUUUUCACAUAUACUGCAAUGAUUCAUGUCAUGUGCUUGGAUUUUAAAAAGAAGUGUUAGGAGCUGUGUGUGUGUGUGUGUGCGUGCGUGUGUGUGUGUGUACGUGUGCGUGUGAAAGUGUUUACAGGAUCAGUGUGUGAAAAUAAUGAGGAAAUAGGUGCACACACUCAAGAGAACAACAGUUGUAGUAAGCAUUACGUUGUGAAAUGCUGUUUAUUGUGAAAUCUGCUUUGUAUUUGUGUAACUCUACUGUAACUGCAGUGCUUUUGGUAGAAGAGCCAGCAACUGUGCAGGGUGCCUCUUCAUGGAUCUUAAUUCUUUGUAAAUAAAUAGUCUUCUUAAACAGGUGAUCAA